AGGACCAGGGUUGGGGGGGGGCAGCUCCCGGCGGGGCUCUGUGUCAUCUGCUGUCCCCAUCCUUUGUCCCCACAGGGUGCUUGGGUCACUUUGAGAAGCCGCUGUUCCUGGAGCUGUGCAAGCACAUGGUUUUCCAGCAGUGCCAACAGGGCGACUACGUUUUCCGUCCCGGCCAACCCGACACCAGCAUCUAUGUGGUGCAGGACGGCAAGUUGGAGCUCUUCCUCACCGAACCGGAUGGGAAGGAGACGGUGAUGAAGGAGGUGUUCCCCGGGGACAGCGUGCACAGUCUGCUCAGCAUCCUGGAUGUCAUCACGGGUCACCAGCGACCAUACCGCACCGUGUGUGCGCGAGCCGCAGAGGAUUCCACCAUCCUGCGGUUGCCCGUCGAAGCUUUCUCUGCUGUCUUUGAGAAGUACCCCGAAAGUUUGGUGCGGGUGGUGCAGAUCAUCAUGGUGCGCCUGCAGCGCGUCACCUUCUUGGCGUUGCACAACUACCUUGGGUUGACCAACGAGCUCUUCAGCCACGACAUGCAACCGCUGCGCCUCUUCCCCCAACCCGGCCACACCGCCCGCACCAGCCCCGUCCGCCACGGCAAGCGGGGGCUCGGUGGUCCCGAUGAGGGCAGGGACCCAGGUGAGAGUGGGGAUGGGGGUGCCGGGACCCCUCCCCCCCCCCCAGUGCCGCCACGGGGGGCUCAGGGGGGUCUCAUCCUGCAGCUUGAGGGGCUGAAAGCGGGAGGUCCUGAGAGCCCCGCGCCACCGCCGCCGCUGAGUCGCUGCAUCUCCAUGCCUGUGGACAUCUCCGGCCUCCAGAAGGGUCCCCGCUCUGACUUCGACAUGGCCUACGAGCGCGGCCGCAUCUCGGUGUCGCUGCAGGAGGACAGCACCGCCGCCUUGGCCGCCUUCUCCCGGUCCGUCUCCCACGAGCCCAAGGAGCGCAAGUCGGUGACGGUGGAGGAGCAGCCGUCAGGGGUGCACCACUACGACUGCGAGGACGAGGUGGCACCUGGGGACUGUCCCUUCGGUCCCUACCAGGGCCGCCAGAGCAGCGCCCUCUUCGAGGCCGCCAAGCGGGAGCUGGUCAAGCUCAUGAAGGUGGAGGACCCUUCUCUCCUCAACAACCGUGUCUUGCUCCAUCACGCCAAAGCUGGGACGGUCAUUGCCCGUCAAGGGGACCAGGACGUGAGCCUCCACUUCGUGCUGUGGGGCUGCCUCCACGUCUACCAGCGGAUGAUCGACAAGGCGGAGGAUGUCUGCCUCUUCCUGACGCAGCCUGGCGAGAUGGUGGGACAGCUGGCAGUCCUCACUGGCGAGCCCCUCAUCUUCACCAUCAAGGCAAACCGCGACUGCACCUUCCUCAAGAUCUCCAAAUCCGACUUCUACGAGAUCAUGCGGGAGCAGCCUAGCGUGGUGCUGAGCGUCGCCCACACCGUGGCUGCCCGUAUGUCACCCUUCGUGCGCCAGAUGGACUUUGCCAUCGACUGGAUGGCGGUGGAAGCUGGCCGGGCGCUCUACAGGCAGGGUGACAAGUCGGACUGCACCUACAUCGCGCUCAACGGGCGCCUGCGCUCAGUCAUCCAGAAGGGCAGCGGCAAGAAGGAGCUCAUCGGGGAGUACGGCCGCGGGGACCUCAUCGGCGUGGUAGAAGCCCUCACCCGGCAGCCCCGUGCCACCACCGUCCACGCGGUGCGGGACACAGAGCUGGCCAAGCUGCCUGAGGGCACCUUGAACAACAUCAAACGCAGAUACCCCCAGGUUGUCACCCGCCUCAUCCACCUCCUGAGCCAGAAGAUCUUGGGGAACCUUCAGCAGCUCCGUGGGCCCUUUGCGAGCUCUGGCUUGGGCAUGGCCUCCAGCUCUGAGCCCACCAACCCCACCAGCAACCUGUCAACAGUGGCGGUGCUGCCGGUGUGCGACGACGUGCCCACAGCUGCCUUCACGCUGGAACUCAAGCACGCACUCAAUGCCAUUGGUCCCACGCUGCUCCUCACCAGUGACAUCAUCCGGGCCCGUCUCGGCUCCUCGGCGCUGGACAGCAUCCAGGAGUACCGGCUGUCCGGCUGGUUGGCGCAGCAGGAGGACAUCCACCGCAUUGUCCUCUACCAAACCGACUGUACCCUCACGCCGUGGACCGUUCGCUGCAUCCGUCAAGCCGACUGCAUCCUCAUCGUAGGGUUGGGCGACCAAGAGCCGGCGCUGGGUGAGCUGGAGCAGAUGCUGGAGAACACAGCGGUGCGCGCGCUGAAGCAGCUGGUUCUCCUGCACCGCGAGGACGGUCCCAGUCCCUCCCGCACCGUGGAGUGGCUCAACAUGCGCAGCUGGUGCUCAGGUCACCUCCACAUCAGGUGUCCCCGGCGUGUCUUCUCCCGCCGUAGCCCCACCAAACUGCGGGAGAUGUACGAGAAGGUGUUUGAGAAGAGCGCAGACCGGCACAGCGACUUCUCCCGCUUGGCGCGGGUCCUCACCGGCAACACCAUCGCCCUCGUCCUGGGGGGCGGCGGAGCCAGGGGCUGCUCCCACAUUGGGGUGAUCAAGGCGAUGGAGGAGUCUGGGAUCCCCAUCGACAUGGUGGGCGGCACCUCCAUCGGCGCCUUCAUUGGGGCACUCUACGCCGAGGAGCGCAGCGCUGUGCGCACCAAGCAGCGGGCGCGGGAGUGGGCCAAGUGCAUGAAUUCAGUGUUCGAGACUGUCCUGGACCUCACCUACCCCAUCACCUCCAUGUUUUCGGGCUCAGCCUUCAACGCCAGCAUCAACAAGGUGUUCCAGGACAAGCAGAUAGAGGACCUGUGGCUGCCCUACUUCAAUGUCACGACAGACAUCACGGCCUCGGCCAUGCGGGUGCACACGGAUGGCAGCCUUUGGCGUUACGUCCGAGCCAGUGCCUCUUAUACCCCCUACCUGCCUCCGCUCUGCGACCCCAAGGACAGCCACUGGCUUGUGGACGGCUGCUAUGUUAACAAUGUCCCAGGCUCGCUCUGGCGGUACGUGCGAGCCAGCAUGACCCUUUCUGGGUACCUACCGCCACUCUGCGACCCCAAGGAUGGCAACUUACUGAUGGACGGUGGUUACAUCAACAACCUGCCAGCCGACAUCGCCCGCAACAUGGGUGCCAAGACAGUGAUCGCUAUCGACGUGGGCAGCCAGGAUGAGACGGACCUGUGCAACUACGGGGACAGCCUGUCUGGGUGGUGGCUUCUCUGGAAACGUCUCAACCCCUGGGCUGAAAAAGUCAAGGUGCCCGACAUGGCCGAGAUCCAGUCCCGCCUGGCCUACGUGUCCUGUGUGCGGCAGCUGGAGGUGGUGAAGUCCAGCUCCUACUGCGAGUACAUCCGUCCCCCCAUCGACCGCUUCAAGACCAUGGAUUUUGGGAAGUUCGACGAGAUCUAUGACGUGGGGUACCAGCAUGGCAAGGUGGUCUUUGACGGCUGGAGUCGGGGCGACGUCAUUGAGGAGAUGGUGAAGGACCGGCGUGCGGCUGACUUCUACGAGAGCAAACGCAUGGACGUGCUAACGUGUCCCAGCGCCGGCUUCACCGACCUGGCGGAGAUCGUGUCCCGCAUCGAGCCCGCCAAGCCCUACUUGUCCGACGGCUACGCGGAUGAGGAGUCCGACUACCUCACGGAGUACGAGGAUGAGGGGCCGGAGCCAGCGCGGGGCGAGGAAGACGCGUUUGCCCCUUCCGAGUGGGCCAGCACCAGCGCCUUGGAGGCUGAAGAGGAGAAGCCCCUGCGGCACCGCCCACGCCAAGCCCGGGACCCCUCGGCCCCCCACACCUGACCCCACCACCAAAGGAGCCCGAGUGCUGUCGCUACCUCCGCACCCCAGGACAUCCCCCCACCGUGACCCCCAUUUCCACAGCACUUUCCCCCUCGUCCUGGCUUGUCCCUGUCACUAUCCCUGAGCCAGGGCAAGGCGGGGGGCUCCAGAGACCCCCAUGUCCCACCCUCUUGCACUGUUGCACUGGCCCAAAUCCCCCCUCCAAGGCCUGGGGAGGAGGGGAUGUGACUGCUGUAUAUUUUCUUUUUUUUUUUUU